CAGUACCAUCAGGGACAGGAUUCCACAUCACAAUGGGCCGGAUCAUCUUCUAUGAGGACCGGAACUUCCAGGGUCGCUCCUAUGAGACCAGCAGUGACUGUGCUGAGCUGAUGUCCUACCUGAGCCGGUGCAACUCCUGCAGGGUGGAGAGCGGCUGCUUCAUGGUCUACGAGCGCCCAAACUACAUGGGCCACCAGAUGCUGGUCCGGAGGGGAGAAUAUCCCGACAACCAGCGUCUCAUGGGGACAAGCAUGAGCGACUGCAUCCGUUCCUGUCGCAUGAUCCCCAUGCACAGAGGUUCAUUCCGGAUGAAGAUCUACGAGAGGGAGAACUUUGGUGGUCAGAUGCACGAGCUGGUGGAUGACUGCGAGUCCAUCCAGGAUCGAUACCGUAUGUCUGACUGCCACUCUGCUCAGGUGAUGGAUGGCCACUGGCUGAUGUACGAGCAGCCCCACUACAGAGGCAGGAUGAUGUACCUGAGGCCUGGAAAUUACCGCAGCAUGAGAGACAUGGGAGUAGGUCCCAUGGACAUGAGAAUUGGAUCCAUAAGACGCAUCAUGGAACCCUGUUAGAAAAUAAUCCACAGCUGAUAUCAUAAUCAAUAAAUAUUCCUGUCUAAACUCUGCAGCCACUGUGUAAUUAAUUGAUGAUGGAGACGUUGUG